AUGGAGAGAAAUGUGUCUUCAUCCCUCAACCCAACCUCUCUCCCAACUGAACUCUCUCUCAAUGCCACCGCUGACAUCAAUGCCACAGUAAAACCCUUCAGUGUGUUUAACGGGUGCGAUAAUCAGGUAGAGGCCAUUCUCUUUGACCUGACCCUGCAGAGCAUCAAUGUAGUGGUGGGAAUCCCUGCCAACUUACUUGUCAUUGUAAUCCUCAUCCACAGUCGCAAAGAGCCUACCACUUCAGACAUAUUCUUGGGCUGCCUGGCCUUCAUGGAUGCCUACUUUAGUGCCAUGACACCCAUCAGCUUCCUUAACCUUUACCAUUGGCAGAGCAAGGAUGUGUGGUAUGCUAUUAAGUUCUCCUACGGUGUGAAAGACACCAGUGGACCAUUGUUUCUCUCCUGUAUCUGCCUAGAUCGCUUUGUUGCUGUGCUCUUUCCAAUUACGUUUGGGCAGCUUAAACACAUCAAGUACAGGUUAAGCCUCUCAGUGCUGGUAUUCUGCAUCACGUUUGCCUACUCAGGAGCCAAGGUUGUGGGAGGCCUCCCCAACUUCGAGAAGGUGUUCACUGGUGAGAUCCUGGCAGCAUUUACUUGGAUGGUUUUGUGCAAUGUGUGCAUACUAUGGGCCCUGAAGAAGUCCCGUGGCACAGGGAAAGAUGAGAUGCACCCCAUGAAGAAAAAGGCCUUCAAGAUGGUGCUCGCUAUCCUUUGUAUCAUUGUAUUUAACUACCUGCCACCUGUAGCUCUCUUUCCCUUUGAAGAUCACUACACCCCUGAUGUGUUUCGCUGCUACGUGCAGCCUGUGGGCUUUGCUUUCCUCAACAUCAGCAGCACCAUCCAGCCACUUGUUUAUCUAUCUCGUCUGGAGAAAGUGCCUUUCCUCUUAGACACCUGUGUUAAGAAGUGUUGCACCUGUGUCUAUGCGGCGAUAAACAAAAUUCCACCUGCAGAAAAUCCACCUGUUCAGAUUUAA